CGACUUUGCGUCUCCUUCGCUUUUCUCCGAUCAUCCUCCUCCAACCCAUACCCUGUUUCCGAAAAUUGAAUCCCAUACCAAACCCUCAUCUUCCAACAUUUUCUCAUUCUGAUCAUCAUGAUUCUCAGGAUAAAAGCCCUCAUUUCGAUUGCUCAUUGAGAAAGUCAUUCGUCGCUUACGAUUCCGUUGAAAACCCUAAUAUCAGUUUACAUGCAUAUAUACACACGGAAAAUGAAGACUGUCUGUAAGAAAAAUCUUGAUGUUUUUGAAUUUAAAGAAGAGACAGAAGAGACAGAACUUGCUCUUAGGAUUAAGAGCAAGCUAGAAAACCCUACAAGUGCAAUUGACAAGUAUAUAUUCCUCGCAACCGCUGCCACCGGAAAAGAUAUUUCAUCAGAGGGGAUCAACUAUGCUCCCUCUUUAAGCAUUGAUGCUAUCAACAUUAAUCAAAUUGCUACCACCCUAGUAGAGGAUCCUUCUGCUGAAAUGAAGGCUGAUUUAAAUGAUGAUUUUACAGUGGCCGAAGAACAUCCUCAAUGUAGUCCAGAACUCAGAACUGAUUUAUCUGAAUUGGAGGCAAGUGCACCUGCUGGAGUAGAGGUCAAUGUGGCCACCACAUCAGCUUCACCUAGCAGCAACAAAUUAAGUUCAGCGAUCCUAGAUUUGUUGCCCAUACCUGAAGUUGAUGAGACGGUUGAAAUGGAACCAGAUGAAAAGGGCAGCAUGUGUGAGAGAUCUUCAUCUUGUUCUGAUGUUGCAGAAGAUGAUGGUGUCUUGGCUGGACCAUCUUCAGAUCAGUGCAUAGGCGGGUGGGAAAUGGAGAGUGAAGAUCUAACAACAGCUGUCUUCUAUCCUGAUUACGUGGUGUACCGUGAUAGUUAUUAUACAGAUUCUGUGAUAUCUUUUACUAGCAGUUUCAUCGAAAUGGAGGGUUCACCUGCUGAUGGAGACGAUGAAACUUUUAAAUGCAAGUGGAGAAUUGAGGAUAUACUUCAUAUCAGAUCUCAUUGGUAUGAGCGGGUUGAGAUGGCGAUGGUGAAGAUUCAUAUACUUACGAAGGAUACAAUACUAGAGACUGAAAAUGUUGAAUGCACUUCAGGCAUGGAGUUGAAAUUUGCAAUUACCGGCUCUAGCUGGUUUGGGAGACUUGAAGCAAUUACAUCUUUGAAUGUCACAUAUAAAGCUUUAUGGAGCAGUAUUCUUGAGUCAGAGGACUCUGUGCUUGGACACACUGGAGCAUCCUUUUCAAAAUAUCUUCCCACCUUUGAUCGGCCUUUUGAAGAGGUUGUCUAUCCAAAAGGGGAUGCUGAUGCUGUUUCUAUAAGUAAGAGGGACUUUGAUUUACUGCAACCAGACACUUUCGUCAAUGACACCAUCAUCGACUUUUAUAUCAAGUACUUGAAGAAUAAGAUCAAGCCCGAGGAAAGGCACAGGUUCCACUUCUUCAACAGUUUCUUCUUUCGAAAGCUGGCUGAUCCAGAUAAAGAUCCACUUGAUGCUUCUGAAGGAAGGGCAGCUUUUCAACGUGUGAAGAAAUGGACAAGAAAAGUGAACCUUUUUGAGAAAGAUUAUGUUUUUAUUCCUGUAAAUUAUAAUUAUCACUGGAGUCUUGUUGUAAUUUGUCAUCUCGGGGAUGUGGCCACAUACAAUGAUGAAGAUGUAGUUGAGUCAAUGAAAGUGCCAUGUAUUUUGCAUAUGGAUUCUAUCAGAGGCAGUCAUACUGGUCUAAAAGGUCUUGUGCAAAGUUACCUGAAGGAAGAAUGGAAAGGGAGGCAACAGGGAGCAUCUGAAGACAUAUCCUCAAGAUUUGAUGAUUUGAGAUUCAUUUCACUAGAGUUACCGCAGCAGCAAAAUUCAUUUGAUUGUGGUCUAUUCUUGCUCCAUUAUGUAGAACUCUUCUUGGAGCAAGCUCCUACACAUUUUAAUCCAUUUAAAAUCUCGAAGGGAUUUAACUUUCUAAAUGUAGAUUGGUUUCCACCUGCUGAAGCAUCUCUAAAAAGAGUAGUUAUCCAGAGAUUAAUCUGUGAUCUCCUGGAGAAUCCUUAUCAGGAAUCUUGUCCCACUGACGAACAGUGCAACCCCAGCUGUCGGACAAGCAUCGUAAAUUUAUCCCCAGAGGAUUGUGGAUCGGAAAUCUCUUUAAUACCAUCCUCAUGUAUACAAGGUGGUGAAGGUUUGAAGUCAUCUUUUGAAUUGGUAUCCUUUAUGGGUUUCAACCACACGACAACUAAUUUUGACGAGUACAAGGGUUCUCUGACCCCAAUUGAGGAAGAGGACAUGGAAGGUGGUGGGCAGUUUGUUUAUUCUGAAACGGAUAAUAAUGGAAUGGAGUUUAGAUCUGAGGAAGCUUGUUGGAAUGAUGCUGAGAAGAAGGAAUUGGAAAUGGAAAUGGAGUUGGAAAUGGAAAUGGAAAUGGAAACAUCAAUCUCUGGGUGUGAAGAUUCAAUAGUGAAUGAAAGCAAAAGUGAACAAGUGGAGGUGAAGAGAAAAUCAGAGGAGGUGGAUGAUGUGUGUUUUAGAUAUCAAGAGAAGUGUCAUCCUCCUAGCAAAAAGAUUAGAAUGACAUGAGGUGGUAUCGUAAUCUAUCUUUGUGUGUGAAUAUUUGAUUGAUUUAGUAGUAACUAGAAGUAGUAGUAGUAGUAGUGGUGACUGCUGACUUUCUACUUUCGACUUUCUAGUAGUUGAUUGUGAUUGAAUGUUGAUAUCAUCAAAAUCAAAGUUGAGAGAGAGAGAGGUGUUUGGAUGAUGUUGGGAGAUUUCUGCUGCAUUUUCUUACUGAUUUUGCAAGUUUUGUAUUCUAUGAUGAAUUUAGAAAUUC